CUUGGAUUUAUGUACAUAUACCAUUUAAAAAGAAGUUUUUGUAUCGUUAUCCUAUCUUACGAUUAUUGUUUCAAUUUUGUGCUUAGCUGGUUUAACUUGCUGUCUUUGCUAUUUUUUGCUACACACAGAUUUACUUGCAAUUAUAUACAUAUGUAUGUACAUGCACGCCUCCUGCCGUGCCUUGCACUUGGCUACGACUCGUUCGUUCGGUUGUUUUUUGAUCUCCAUGCAGCGGGUACAGUGAAUAAGUUCCUUUGCUAGUUUUCGCUGUAUUCAUUGUAUUUAGUUUCUAUGUUUUUCCACAUAAACUCCUCUUUAACGGCAUUGUCUUGUGCUGCUGUGCUAUUUUUUAUUGUGCAUAGCUUGUUUUUAAUUUUUUCCUGUCCCUUACCUUAUUCGUGGUUAUUGCUAUUACUAGUUUUACUAUAUACUUUUCAAAAGCGAAGCGUGUGCCUGCGAUUUGUGCUUCUAAACAGGAAAAAUAAUAAUGUGCAACAUUUUGUGACAAAUUUACCAAUAAGUUGUUAAUGAAAAUCAAAGCAAGAAGAAAUAAAAAUUUAUAUACAUAUAUUGUAUAUUAAAUUAGAAAUAAGCGAAAAUAAAAUAGUUUUUUUUUUAAUAUAAUGACAGGAUGUGCUGAAGUUGACGAGCCGGCACUUAAUAAUUUUUGUUUGUUCCUAUCAUUGCGGAGGACAUUACGUAUUUCUUUGUCUUUUGGCCUUUUCUGUUAAAUGCAAAAAAGGAAUUCCUACUUGCGCACGGAUUUUUCAAUAAAUUUGCUGCAAAAAGUUUCUGUUUUAAGAAUGUGAAAAAUAAGACAUUUUUAUACAAAAAGUAUUGCACCAUCCUCUAAAAAAACUUUGAAAGUGUAACUCUUCAUCAACGCUUAGAAAUAUUAGCGCUUCCGUAAGACUCCGUUAGACUUCCCUACAGCCAAAAACACGGCACUUCUAAUUGAAAAAGUGAUAUAUUAAUAUAUAACGAAGUUUUACUUAGAACCAUCAAUUUCUUACGGCAACAGAAUUAUUUCACCUCGAGCUAACGAAAGCCUGUACCUGACUCUGAACGCCCGGUUUGCCUACCAACGGCACCGCCACAAUGAACGCGUCUCAGCGUCAGGAGUUUUGUGUGCGCUGGAACAGCCAUUUGGGUAGUAUCGGCGCCGCAUUUCCUCAACUGUUGGCCGGUCAGCGAUUUGUUGAUGUGACCUUGGCAUGUGAGGGGCAUCAAGUGCAUUGUCAUCGGCUCGUCUUGGCAGCAUGUUCAUCCUAUUUUGAUAGCAUCUUGGCUGAGAAUCCUUGUAAACAUCCAGUCAUCAUAUUACCCAGUGAAAUAAAGCUGUGGGAGAUCCAGGCGCUGGUCGACUUUAUGUACAAAGGUGAGGUGAAUGUCACACAAGCCGGUUUACCGCAACUACUGCGCUGUGCCGAACAGUUGCGCAUUCGCGGUCUUUAUGGGUCCGAUGCCGCAUUGAAUUUGAAUCAGUUGAAAGCGCUUACGAAUAAAGCGGCUGCAGCAGCUGCUGCCGCGACACAACAACAACAGGCGGAUGGCAUUGAGACCGACACAGAUACCGCUACUAAUUCGACGACAACAACGACAGCAACAGCAGCAAGCGCACUACAGCAGUUGCAUGCUGGUGGCGGAAUGUCAGCGGCUAUGAUGGCGCAAGAGCUGCAGCAGCAAAAGUAUCAGCAACAACCAACAUUUAUGAUUAAAAAGGAGCCUAUGCAACAGGAUAUGGAACAUGAACAACAAAUGGAACAGCUGCAGCAACAACAAUUGUUACAACAACAAAGCAACGGCAGCCUCGCGCACAACGCCAUGCAACAAAAUCACCUUGAACACCAGCAACAGCUCGUGCAUCAGCAACACCUACAGCUACAAGCACAACAACAACAACAGCAACAACAACAACGUGUGCCGCAAGCAACAUUAGCCCAUGUGGCCAAUGCUGCAGCGGCCAUGGCUGCCGCCAGCGCAACGACAAAUUCGAAUGCCAACAGCGAAGAUGACGAUUCCGGCGAUGAUUCCAAUUCCAAUCAGGCUUAUGAAGAACAAAAUAAAUAUAGAAUGCAGCAAAAAGUAGCAGCCAAUAAUAUGAAAGCGACACAAGCGACCGCUGCCGCUGGUGCGCAUUUGGACUCCACCAUAGAAGAUGAUCACAACUAUGUGGCCGCACACGAUGAGGAUAGCAGCUACUGCGCCAGCGCGGACACUGAACACGAAAGCUCAGCCAAUGCAUCAUUACUCAACAUGCUGGCGGCGCAGGCGAACAGCGGUGCUGCUAAUACCGGCGAAAUGUCCGGUUCUCUAAAACGUGUGCGCCGCUCCGAGGCAUCACUGGCUCAAGCAGCAAAGUGCGUUUCAAAAGGACAAACCUUCCAAACGGUCAGCAACAUGUUCAACAUACCAGUUUCGACAAUACGCUUCUACAUGGCGCGCAAGGGUAUAUUGCCACGUCGUAAGCGCGGACGUGGCGCCUCAUCAGCGGUGAGUAGCGUGACCACCGGUAGCGGCGGCAUAAUGACGGCCACGGCGGCAGCAACUAUGGCGCAAGCGUUAUCGCAAAUGAAGCGUGCCGAAAGUCCGAGUGGCUUUCCAGCUCAUCAGUUGGUGAGUGGCGCCAGUGUUGGCGGCAAGGCGCACAUUUAAUUCAAACGCAGCAACGAAGAUAAGUAGCGCGCGACACAUGUUAAACUUGUAAAGUUUAGCAGCAAGCGUUCAAAAGCUCUCAACGGUUACGAGUGAGAUUACAACUACAACUAACAUACACUUAAGCGCCGUACGGUGAAAAAACACAAAAAAUACUCUCUUAAGCUAAGUAUGUAUGUGUAAGAAAAUAUACCGCAAACGCCAAUUUACUUAAGUAAUUAUAUUAUAUAAAUUAAAAUUUAAUUAUUCUUAAUGUUCAAUUCUACUUAAGUCAUUCUUGCACGUUAAGUUGUACAAAGUUUGUUUUAAUUUCCUACAUUCAUGAUUAGCGGUAGCUACAUACUACAUAUGUAUAUAUAUGCAAUUUAUAUUUUUUUUUUAAUUUCAUAAAUGUCAUACACUGUUUACAUGUUCGUAUUUGUUGUGCUGCGCGCAAAAUGUUUCAGAAAGUUUUAUUUUUAAUACCUUGCAUUAUUAUUCAAUGAAUUUACAUUAAAAAAAUUCCAAAGCAGCUGUAUCAGAUUUUACGUGAAGCUUUUGAGUCAUAGGCUGAUCAACAAAGUAUACAUACAUACAUUCAAAACAUUUUCUAUUUAAAAAAAAUGCCAAAUAUGCAUUUUAUACUAAUAAAACUGUAUGAUCCAAUGCAAUUAAUUUUUUAAUCGCUUAGUUAUUUUUCUAUUAAUUUGGUUUUACAAAAAACAACAAUUUUUUUUUUGCGUUAUUUAUUAAACUUUUUUGUGUAUUUUUUUUUUUAAUAUACAUUUAAAAAAAUGUUUUUGUGCUGUAAAUAUUUAUAUUUAGCAGUAAGUUUAUAAUUUUAAUGCACAAACGAUAAAAUGAUUGCAUUUUUAAUUUAGUACGACUUAAAGCUAGCUGACUAUAGAAUUAAGUUAAUAGUUUUAAGCUUCAACUAAAUUACUGUUGACGAAGCGUUCGAUGUGUUAGUGCUAAAAAAAUUCGUAUAUUAAUUUGUUAUAAAAAAUUUACGUAAAAUUUCAUUUAUGACAUCCAAAUUUGUUCGAGGAAUUUUUGCUAAAAAACACUAUUUUUGUUAUUUAGGACAACCAAAAGAAUGUAUGAAAAAAUAAAAAUAAAAUGUUUAAAUUUUUUUGAAAUUUCUGUUAUUUUUUACUAAACAUUUUUAGCAAAAAAUAAACACAAUGAAAAAAUAAAAAUUAUAUUUACUAUACUUUAUUAUGUUUUUUGAAUUUGUUUAUUUAUUUUCAAAAUUAGACCUUUUUAAUUAAAAAAUAUUUAUCAAAUCCAUUUGCUUCCACUAGCACAUGUACGCUUCAUAACAGAUAGCUAUCAUAUGCUUCGGUUCCAUGGGUUUCCUAUAUUAAGUAUGACACUUAUAUUUACAAAAACAGAUGUAUAUAACAUAUAUUAUAUAUAUAUUAGAUAAGUAAAAAGAUCUGCGCAAAAAUCUCUACACAAAGUACACAAUGCAGAGCACAGUUAAAAAUAGAAAAACAAAAAAUAAUUUGCAAUGUAAAAAAGUGAACAAACCAAUUCAGUUUAUUAUAUAAAACAUUAAAAAAAAUUACAAUGAAAAAAAAAAAAAAUAAAGGAAUCAAAUCGGUUUAUGCGAAAAUUGAUCGAAGCAUCAAUUCAUAAAACCUCAAAAAAAUCUUAAAUUGUUAUUGUUUUGAAUGAAAACCAAAAACCAGUUGAUAAAUCGGGUUGCAAUGAUUAUGGAGAGCAUUUGAUAGUAAUUUCGAAGAAUAUUAAAACUAAAAAAUCUUUUUCGUAAGCUACGAUGUUCUGAAAUUUUCAAUAUUUUGCUUUGCUUAAUACGAUUUUAAACACAUGCAACUUUCAUGUGCUUUUUGUAUAUUUUUAUAUAAACUAACAAUCAUUAUCAGUAAGUUUUAAAUACUCCAAAUAAUAAAUAGUAUUAUUUUCCAAUAAACUACGUGAACGAAAGAAACCGUGGUUCAGUAUUAGAAAUAAGAUUACGUAUUAAGUGUGAAAUUUUAGAUUUAGUUGAAAAAACCUAAAAAAUUUUGAAAAAUCAAAGCAAAAUUUUUAUUCUUAAUACAAUAGUUAAAGAAGUUUAUUUUUUUCGGGAAAAUAAAUAUUUAUAACACAUAUUGCCAUAUAACUGUUAAAACCGAACUGAUUUUUUAUAUACCUGCAGUAAAUUGCAAUAAAUGAAUUAAAAACUUCUUAGUCAUCAGAAAUGCUUUAAUACAUAGUAUUUAGUUUAUGUUUUAUAAACAUAUCUGUUAAGUCAAUCAGAUUUAUGUUGGAAAAAUUUUACAUUUCAAUUCUAUUGUGAAAUAGCCUAAAAGUAUGCAAAAAAAAUUAAAUAUGGACAUACCUUGAAAGUUACAUAAUACCUCUUUAAUAUUUGUUUUUCUUAUAACCAAAAAAUAAUAAUUUAUAUUAAAUAAAAUUACCUAAAAGAUGGGUUUAUAAAGUUUAAUAAAAUAAAAUGACGUUUGAUCACCGACCUUGUUGGAAAAUCUACAAACAAUUCCUGUAAGAUAAAAAUAAAUAUUGAAAAAGUAAAUAAAGACAUUUUUAGUUGUUAUACUCAAACACCAGUAUUAACAAAAGUAAACAAGUUGGAAAUGUUAAAGAAAUAUGAUAUUUUUCGAAAUUUGACGCUAUUAAGAGGAGUAAGUGGAGUUUUUUUCUAAUUUGAGAUUUAGCUAAAUCAUAAUUAGCAAUUAUUUUGUUUCAUUUAUUAUUAAAAGUAAGAAUUGUAAAGAAAUCGUUAUUGAUAAAAAUAUAUAAUAUACAUCUAUACAUAUAAACAUGUAGGCAUGGUAGAGUGUGUUAAAUAGCUGUAAGGAUAUAAUCUUUUUUAAAUAAGUGCAUUCUGAAAAGCUGUAGUAGCAAUCUUACUAUAGCAUGAAAUUUAAUAAAAUAUAAAUGUGUAUAUAAAUGCUGCAAUUUAUUUAUAAAUAAAUACGCUAUUGAAAAAUAUUGUAAAAUACUUACAAAUGUGAGAUAUUUUAAUAUUUAGAAGUGUAAACAAAAUAAUGUGUAUAAUAAAAUGAAAUGCAAUAAUGAA